CCGCCAACUACCAAGUUCAGAGUUCCAUUCAACUGUUAUGUAGUGAACAGUCGUCGCGUGUGCUAUGCUCUGAUUGAACGUUUUACACGAGUAAGAUUAUAGAUAAAUAGAAGACUCAACCAUGGAAUCAAAAAACAGGAGGCCUUCGGAGGCUAGAUCGAUUAUAGACAGUGCUUGUUCCAAGAGAUACGUGAUAGCUAUUAUGGGAUUCAUUGGCAUAGCCAACGCGUACGCAAUGCGAUCCGUACUCAGUGUGGCUAUUACAGAAAUGGUAGAGGAUAUACAUAAAACGGUUAUAGACCCUAAUGGAUGUCCAGGACCGGUAAACAUGAAAAACACGACAAAUCCGAACGCUGAAUUCGAUUGGUCUGAAACACUCCAAGGUCAUAUUUUGAGUGCUUUCUACUACGGAUACGUGCUCGCUCAAAUACCUGGUGGUAUACUGGCACAGAGAUACGGUGGAAAACACGUGUUCGGUAUUGGUAUUUUCCUGACUUCCGUGCUCACUAUAUUAACGCCCAUUGCCGCCAGAAUUGGACCCGCAUACCUAAUUGGUGUUAGAGUACUUGAAGGUAUCGGCGAAGGUCCUACUAUACCGGCAAUGAACGCAUUGUUGGCCCAAUGGGUACCUAUUAGCGAAAGAUCACGUAUCGGUUCGUUUGUAUAUGCAGGCAACAUGAUCGGAACGAUUGUCGCCCAAAGUUCUGCUGGGUAUUUGCUCAAAAUCACCGAUGACAAUUGGCCUUUAGUAUUUUACCUUACCGGUGCUGUGGCGUUGAUAUGGUACGCGUUCUGGAAUUUCCUUGUCUAUAGUUCGCCAAACGAACAUCCUACGAUAACCGAUUAUGAGCUUACGUUCUUGGAACGUAAUCUAAAAGGAGUAAACAGAAAUAAGAACAAAUUGAAGUCCACACCGUGGUUGGCCAUGUUGUCAUCGGGUCCCAUGUGGGGUUUGAUGAUCGGUCAAAUCGCGCACGACUGGGCUUUGUUCAUGAUAAAUGCCGAUUUGCCGAAGUACAUGAAAAGUGUCAUGAAGUUUUCUAUCGCAGAAACUGGCGUGUGGAGCUCAAUGCCACAUCUUUUGAUGUGGUUAUUCGCUAUUCUGACAGGAUGGUUAAGUGACUAUUUGAUAUCCAAUGGCAAAUUAGAAAUAUUGCAACAGAGACGACUAUUCUCAACUAUAGCCUGUAUCGGGCCCAUGUUGGGUACGUUGGCCGCAUCGUAUGCCGGUUGCGACAAGUUAAAAGUGGUCGUGUUGUUCACCAUCGGUAUGGCGACAAUGGGCUUUUUCUACUCGAGCAUGAAAGUAAACGUAAUGGACUUGACCCCGAAUUACGCGGGCCCUGCGAUGGCCAUGGUGAACGGUGUCGGAGCCGUAGCCGGGAUCGUUUCGCCUCCUCUCAUCGGAUACCUAAUACCAAAUAAUACCUUAUUGGAAUGGCGUAACGUGUUUUGGAUAAGCGGCGGCGUAGUGAUCGUAGCGAACUCCAUAUAUUUGGUCUUGGCGUCGACAUCGAUACAAUGGUGGAACGACCCGGUACCAACGACUGAGACUGACGACGGCGAUACUGAUCUUUAAGAAAACAAUUGUAUGUGUUGUGAAAAUGUUUGCACGAACAGCAAAGAAGAUCGUAAAAAAUGUAAAAACGCAGGUAGAUUGUGAAUACAUGCUGCCAAGUUUAACGUUAAAAUAUAAUAUUAAUAAAUCUGUUUAUUAUUACACAAUACUUGAACUAUUGAAUCGUUAGUAAGCAAACAAAAUAUUUUUUUAAACUCACUUAUUUAAAUAUGAAUUUACUUCAUUUCGUUUUUUGAAAUCUGAUAAAAAGAAACGAUUAGAGAAUUUUUUUUUUUUUUUUUUUUGAUUCCAGCGAAACUCGUUGAUUGAAAGCAAUAAAACUAUUAUUUUUAUAAAAUAAGUCUAUAACCGUGAGAAAUUGUUACUCUAGUCAUAGUUAUAAUUAUUUCAGAUUACGAUAAUAUUUUAUUUCAAAAUACUUACGAUAUUACAUGUACACAAUAAAUGUUCAUAAAUGUAAUAUGUGUUGCCUAUAUGAGGUCCGUGUUUGAUAGUAAUUCGUUUGAAAGUUUACUGACAUUUAUAAAAUUGUACACAAUUCGAAAAUGUACAAUACAAAAUAAUUAUCGAUACGUAAAAUGUUAACUCAAGAGUUGGGACAUCAUAUCGCUUUCUAUUUUAUGUGUUCUAUUAAUUUUGCUUGACGUUCAUCGUACAUAGUACGUAAUACACGCAUUGUCACCUUGUAUAAUUAUUUUGUAAAUAUGUUUAAAUUACCUAGGUAAAUGUAUAAUUAAUGGCCACAUAUUAGUAAUGCUAACUAGUUAUUAUAAAUUAUAAUUCAUGAAUCAUAACUAAGCCUGAAUAAUAGUACUGUAUUAUGUUAGAGUUUUUAAAAUAUUUAAAUGUACCUAACUUACUUGUUGUUAACGUAACAUUAUUUACUUGUAAUAUAAUCAUACUUUGAGCUUGUACCAACAUAAAUAUUUAUGAGUAAUAAACAUAUGUGUUCGCCAA